AUGGCCCCUUCGACAGAGCCUCACAUGGACGGCAGCGACAGUGACACUUCUUCCCUGUCAGAUCCUCUCGAUACAACCAACGAUGAAGGCUGGGAGGAUAUCGAGCAAGAUGAGGAGCCUCUCACUAUCAUCUCUCUGCUUGACGAAGCCACUUUUCCUGACGCACAGAGCAUGCUGGCCCAUUGCCGAGACAGCCAUGGCUUGGAUAUCUGGAAGUUGAGGCAAGAAUUCGCUCUCGACUACCUAGGACUCGUCCGACUGGUCAACUACAUCCGCACGGAGGUCAAGGCCGGUCAUGCACAGCCUGACGUCUCGUCCAAGGCGCUAUUCGACGAUGAAAAGUAUCUCAAGCCCGUCCUAGAGGACGAUGCCCUUUUGUACAGUCUCGACGAUGUCUUCGAAGAGGAUGUGAGCGGAGCUCCACUCUCCGAAGUCGAACAACUUCGAGAGCAACUGGCAACGCUGCAGAGUCAAUUCUCCGCCUAUCGAGAACAAGUGCAAAACGCCAUGCUGGAUCGCAUCGAGCAGUCAGCCCCUCCACAAGAAUCGAGCGCUUCGCUUGUGGAUGCAGCACCCGAGACCAAAGACCGAGGCAGCAACAACGCUGAGCAAUUCGACAAGGCUUAUUUCCAAUCAUACUCGUACAAUGCGAUCCAUGAAUCGAUGAUCAAGGAUCGCAUACGUACCGACACGUACCGCGACUUCAUCUACGACCACAAACACCUCUUCAAAGACAAGGUCGUCUUGGACGUCGGCUGUGGGACGGGGAUAUUGUCCAUGUUCUGUGCGAAAGCGGGUGCCCGGCUCGUCAUUGCGGUGGACAACUCGGGCAUCAUUGACAAGGCUCGCGAGAACGUCUUCACCAACGGCCUGCAGGACGUUGUAAAGUGCGUGCGGGGUAAGAUCGAGGAGGUCACUCUGCCAGUGCCCAAGGUGGACGUGAUCGUGAGUGAGUGGAUGGGCUAUUGUCUGCUGUACGAGUCCAUGCUCGACUCGGUCAUCUACGCGCGCGACAAGUACCUUGCUGCGGAUGGCUUGAUGGUCCCUUCGCACGCGACGCUGCGCAUCGCGCCACUGGCCGACUCGGACCUGAAGGCCUCGCACAUUGACUUUUGGCGCGACGUGUACGGGUUCGACAUGACGGCGAUGCUGGAGAAGGCACACGAAGAAGCCCUGGUCCGGCUAGCCGACGAGAAGGAACUGACCGGGGAGAGCGUCGCGUUUCUCGAGUUGGAUCUGCACCGGACCAAAGUGGACGACUUGACCUUCACCAAACCCUUCGCAACGACGUGGAAGGACGGGUUCAAGAUCCUCGAGGGUUUCGUCAUCUGGUUCGACAUUUUCUUCCAGACGUCGCGUUCUGACAGUAUCGCAGCAGGCACGACAGCCGCCGAGGCCAAGGAGAAAGGCGUGGUCGCGUUCUCGACGGGACCCCACUCCGAAGCGACGCACUGGCAACAAGGGAUCUUCCUGAUCAAGGACCCCGUGGACGAGUUUGUCGGCGGAGACAGCAUCACCGGCGAAGUGACGUACCUGAAGAAGCAGGGCCAGGAGCGGUCGUUGGACAUUGACAUUGCAUGGACCAAGGUGGGCGUGAGCGACAAGGACAAGCAGCGGGUGAAGAAGCAGAGGUGGAUCCUGGAUUGA